AGGUAAGCCCGAGACUGGCCACCGACCCGGCGGGCCUUCUGGGCUGUGGCGUCCGUUUUUUUUGCCUUCAGCGCCCCGGUGGGCCUCUGAGGGCGCUUUCCUUUGAGGAUCUCCAAGCGCGCGGAGGCGGGGGCAGGAUCCCCCCCGACUUAAUGCCCCAGGGCAGGCCAGGCCCCCCCAGUCGCUCCUGCAGCCUGCUGUCACGAUCGUCCCACAUCCCCCGGGCUGGUCCCCUUGUGUCCCUCCCCCCCGUCAUCCCUCCCCCCUCCGCCCCUUCUGCUCUUCCACCUCGCCUUUUUAAUAGCUCACAUUUAUCCAGCGCUUGGAGAUCCCGACAUUCAUUCCAGGCCUCUAAGGGGGUGGGGCGGCUAUCAUCUCUACACCUGAGAAAACAGUUCAGACCAUUUACACACACACACACACACCCAUUUUGUUUUGUUUUUAAUUUUAAAAAAUACAUUUAAAAACUGUCCAGCCGAGCUCUCUGUCGUCUCUCCGGGGUGCGGCUGUGACCUGGGUCCCGAGGGGAGGUAUAAGCUCCGGAAAAUGCUCCAGCCCGAAGACCCGGAGGCUAAUUCCCGGCCCUAGACUGGCGGCAGGCUGAGGACGGGUCUAGAAACGAGUGAGGCGGCGCCUCACCACGUGAUGAACGCUUUCGCCCGGUAGUGACGUAAAGAAAAACAUACCCAACGGCCCUCCCUCCCGGGCCGGCUUCCUGCGGCUGCUGCGGGAGCGGAGGCCGCUGUUUGAACCCAACGUCAAUAUUCAUUUUAAUGUUGUACGUGUGAGAUCCUGCUCCGGCCACUGGCGGGUGGACAUAGUGCUGGAGGGGCCGAACCGCGGCACUGACUGUCAAUGAGAGCAGAGACUAGGAGGAAGGUGCAGCCAGAGUUAAAGGAGAGGCGCUCGCCUUCAGGGAGUUUUACUGUGGGGGUUGGGGUACAGCGUAUUCGUAGAAAGCAAGACUGUCGACUAAUAGAAAAUGAUGAAAAAGACUGAAUUAUAUUUGAAUGACAACCCAGUGAACCCUGAAGACAAAUGAGUAAAAUCAAUAAAAACGUGAUUUUGGCUCUUUUAACUCUGACAAGUUCAGUAUUUCUACUAUUUCAGUUAUACUACUACAAGCACUAUUUAUCUCCAAAGAAUGGAGCUGGUUUAUCAGGAGCCAAAGGAAGUAAAGUUGGACACAAUAAUGCACAGUGGCGUGCAGUUAAGAAAUUUCUUAAGCUAACAUCAAACCAAGCUAUGCCAGUGUUUCUUAUUGAUCCUUUGGUUCUGGAAGUGAUUAAUAAAGAUUUUGAACAGGUUAAAAACUCUUCUUAUGGCAGUGUCUCAGAAUGCAAGUAUUUAUGUGCAAAAAGGGAUUUCACUACAUUUGCACUACUGGACCAUCUUUUGAAAAAUGAGGAAAACUGGUUUCAAAUAGCUGAGCGAAUGGGAUUCCAGUGCUUAAAGAUUCAGAGCAAAGAUCCCCGCCUGGAUGGAAUAGAUUACCUCUCUGGAACUGAAAUCCCCCUGCACUAUAUCCUCAAAUUAGCAACUCAUGCCAUCCACCUGGUGAUCUUCUAUGAAAGAAGUGGCAACUACCUCUGGCAUGGACAGUUACGACUCAAAGGCCAUUCAGACAGAAAGUUUGUGCCUUUUCGGAAGUUACAGUAUGGUCAUUAUCCAGGAGCUUUUGACAGACCAGAAUUGCUACAAGUUUCUGUUGAUGGACUUGAAGUACAGAUUCCAAAGGACCUUAACCACUUUCUAGAGGAAGUGCCACACUCUAGGUUUAUUGAAUGUAGGUUCAAAGAAGCUCGCUCUUUCUUUCAGAGGUAUCAUGAUGACAUAACUGUGGAAGCAAUGCUAUUUCAGAAGAAUGCCAAAAUAUUGUUACACCUGGCAGCUGCAACAUUAAAGGAUUUGGGAGUCCGAUUUUGGCUCAGCAGUGGAACCUGUCUUGGCUGGUAUCGGCAGUGCAGUAUUAUUCCUUACAGCAAAGAUGUGGAUUUGGGGAUUUUUAUACAAGAUUAUACAUCAGAUAUAAUUGCAGCUUUUCAGAAUGUAGGACUUUCACUAAAACACAAGUUUGGAAAGGUAGAAGACAGUUUAGAGCUAUCUUUCCAUGGAAAAGAUGAUGUGAAACUUGAUAUUUUUUUCUUCUAUGAAGAGACUGAUCACAUGUGGAAUGGAGGCACCCAGGCCAAAUCAGGGAAAAAAUUUAAAUACCUGUUUCCCAAAUUUACACUGUGUUGGGCUGAAUUUGUAGAAAUAAAGGUCCGUGUGCCCUGUGAAACCAUCAACUAUAUUGAAGCCAACUAUGGCAAAUCCUGGAUGAUUCCUGUGAAGACCUGGGACUGGAAGAGCUCCCCACCUAAUGUGCAGCCCAAUGGGAUCUGGCCUGUUGCUGAAUGGGAUGAUGUUAUUCAACUAUACUAAGCCAUUGAACUUACCAAACAAGAUAUUUCUCCUUGUCAAAGGAAGUUCUUAAAUUGAAAAUUUUGUGUUAGAAAAAUUACUGGGUUUUUGUCAGAUGUUCUUACUUAAAUGGAAGGAAAAAAUAAACCACGUUCAGAUGAACAAAAGUAUUUUUUAAACUACCACAGAUCGCCAUCUGACUGACUUGCUUGGUGUCUGUUUCUUAUCUUAUUAGAUUUAUUCUUUAAGACUAAAGGAUCAGGGAUAGUGAUCAGGAAGUCAAGUUUUUAGGUGUUGUAAGGGGCAAUGUGGUAUGAGACCUAUUCAGACUCCAAGAGAUGCUAAGAGCUUGCUCCUAGCCUAAUAGAUCAGGCAGCUAUAUUUUCAUUUUCUGACAGCCCUACAACCAAAAGAUAACAGUUCUAGCCAUGUAGUGAAAGUUUUUAAAACCUUAGGUGCUUGUGUAGUGACUGAGGUUAGUGAAAAUAAUACAGGACUUUCACCCUCUGUAUUCCCCAGCUGUUCAGCUACAAGAUAAAAAGGAGAUCAGGUCACUGGCUUUGACUGAAAAUAGGUAUAUGUUAUUCACAAAGUCUAGUUUCCUUAGUCUCUUAACUUUCUAAAUGAAGGAAACAAAGGAACUGUUAUUUAUAUUUUUAAAAGCUAUAAUCAGUCCAGAGCUGAUAAUCCUCAAAAACACCUUUAGUUUUUAAGUACACUUUUCCACUUGGCUGUGACUGUUUCUUAUAAUUCUGAAGUACAAUUCAGUUAAAAUUGAAUGAAGUGGAUCCAUCUACUAGUAAAUCAGUCCUGUUCUCUUCCAUCUUUUAGUUUAGUAGUUUUCUAUCUCUCAGUUAAGAUCUCUAGUUUCUGAUUGUAUGUCACAGAUUCACUUCCCUCUUAACCAUUUUGGUCAUAAAUUAUGCAUAUUGUCUGUUCUUUACUGACCUUCCAGGAGGAACCUGCCACUUUUAUGCCAGUUAUCCAGAUGUUCAGGUCCCACUUUCCCCUCAUUCGUUGUGUUUCCUCAUGAUGACUUGACAACUCUUCUUCUGCUCUCAGGAUGUCUCACUCAGUCCAUCCUGUUCCUGAAGCUAACUCUUCUGAUCUAGACUCAUACUUAGCCAAAGCCAGAAAUAGUAUGAGAUUUGGGUGGCAGAGGUGUUCUUUACCUAUGUUGUUUUAAUUAUCUAGACUUUUUGUUGGUGAUACUGGUGUUUAAAUCCAGUAUCUAUGCUAAUUUCUAUUAGUAGUUGAAAGUUGAUUAGUUCCAACUUAUAUCCUCAAACCAAUUUUUACCUUCCGUACAUUAGCUUCAUGCCCUAACCCUGCCUUCCUCACAAAUAAUUGGCAAGUGUGUAUGUAGACAUGUAAGAAGCCAGAGCAGAAGAAAAGUAAGACAGGAAGAUUUCCCCUCUUCACUUUCUCCCCCUCCCUGAUCCUUCCAAUUUUACCUAGACAUAGGUAAGGAACAAUCAGACUACAAAAUGAGGCUGAAAUCCUGAGUAAGGCAGAAGCAGUAAUUCUGUCGGUAAUGCCUUUUGGCAGUGGACCAGCCACAAAUAGAAGCAUGAGUUUUUAGGAGGUGGCCCAUUUCUGCCUUGCUCAUGUCUAUAUUUCGGACUUGUUGCUGAGAUUAUCCUCCCUUCAUGAAAAUGUAGGUUCGUCAAGUUACCCUAGUCAAUAGCUAGUUUCUGUAACUGCUUUUAUGGGUGAUAAAAACUUUGUCAUUUCUAAUAUGAAAGAUUUACAGUCUUACCUUUAAAAAAGGGCUUUAUGCUCUCUGUAUGACUAAUUCAGAGGCUGCUUAAUAUUUAGUUAUAUUUUCAUUUUCUGACAGCCCUACAACCAAAAGAUAACAGUUCUAGCCAUGUAGUGAAAUACUCUUCUGUCACAUCGGUGGCCCAGUAUUUCUCUAAAAGAACUAGAUAAAAAGUGAAAUGUUUAAAUACAGACACACACUUAUAUAUUUAGAAUAAAGUAGAGUUUUUAACCAUGUACAAAAUUCAGUGUUUAUUUACUAAUUAUUUCAUUUUGUCAAAGUCUGUGGAUAUUCUAUAGUAUUAAUGAAAUUGAUGUUUAUUUCUAUGGAGAACAUUUGUUAUAUUGUGGUUUUGGACAGAAUUUUACUACAUGUUGUGUUGGAUGAUGAAUAAAAAUUUUCCAAUGUCUUUAAAUGUUCACGCA